CAAAGCCCACCCAGCGGCUGAGCAACCUAGAUCUAACUGGCUACGCCCCUACAGGAAGUCAGACCAGACCCGCGCCCCAGUCACCAGGGCGACGGGUUCGCUUCUGACCCGGAAAUGGAAGUUAGGCGGCGCCGGCCCUAGUGGAGGAGCCAAUCGGAAGGCAGUAGGGUCGUGAAGGGACUGCACCAGCACCACCAGCGAAAGCAGCUUAACCGAGGCCAGGCCUCCUCCAAGAGUACCUAGAAGCCUGAUUCUGCAGAACUCUGCCGGCUCCUGGGUUGAGGUAAAAAUGAGCUCUUCGAGAAGAAAAGGGAAGCCAAAUAAAGGAGGUGGAAGAGGUGGAAGCAAAGGUGGAGGAGGAAGAAGUGUUGGAGGAGGAGGGCGAGGUGGCAGUAGAAAAGGCUCAAGUAAAAUUUGGGAUGAUGAAGAUGAUUUUUGUAUCUUCAGUGACUCAAGAGUUUCAUCCAGGCCUAGCAGCAGUACUAGCAAGGGAGGAACACAACCAAAACGGAGGCCUGAAACCAGAGGGUCCUUACAGACACUCCAUAUGACUUCUGAGAAUCAAGAGAAAGUAAAAGCUCUUCUUCGAGAACUCCAAGGACAAGAGCCGGAUGCUGGAUUUGAAGGAGGUGCUUCUGGGGAAGAAGAGGCUGAUUUUUGUGAUGAUGAGCAAGACCGGUCUGCCAGUCAGGAGGGUGCACUUGUUCAUAACCAUGACUCUCCGGAACAAGCUAGUUCUGACCUUGUGAAGCCUAAAAUUGAGAUAUCUCCAUUUGCAGUCCAGAAACUCUCCCGCUAUGGUUUUAAUACUGAACACUGCCAAGCAGCAUUGAAGUCUUGUGAAGGUGAUGUUGGGGCCUCCCUGGAAUAUCUGCUAUCUCAGUGCUUUUCAGAAAGGUAUCCAGAGAGGAAAGAGAUCUCUGGGGCAGCAUCCUCUGUCAGUUGGGAAGAAUGUGUAGAACAAAGGCAAGAAGAAGCCUUUGCUCUCCAGUCAAUCUGUGGAGAAAAAUUUGUAGAGAGAAUUCAGAACAGAGUCUGGACAAUUGGAUUGGAGCUGGAACACCUGACAAAUAAACUCUGUAAAUCCAAACAGAAAGAAAGUGCCAAAAAAGUACAGUUUUCACGUGGAAUCUGUCAGUUCUAUCUCCAAGGAAGUUGUAGAUUUGGAUCAAAGUGCAAAUUCAGGCAUGAAAAUCCUUCCAGACAGCUUUCAAGAAAAACAGAGCGAUCCAAAGAUGAUUCUCAUCUUAGAUCUAAUGGAGAUGUCUCUUUUUUAUAUGAACUUGAAAUUAGAUUUUCUGAAGACAGCAAAUAUCCUUUCCAAGCACCUCUGGUGGCAUUUUAUUCCAUCAAUGAAAAUUUGCCUCUGGCUUGUCGUUUGCAUAUUUCUGAGUUUCUUUAUGGGAAGGCCUUGACAUUUGCAGAGACUGCUGAACCUGUCGUAUAUUCUUUGAUAACCCUUUUGGAGGAUGAAAAAGAAAUUGCCAAAUUAUUAACAAAUACCCAUCACAAGUAUAGUGUGCCUCCAAAAAACUUGUUGCCAGUUCCCCCUGUGAACAGGACAAAUAAUACUGCCGGUCGUAAACCACUGAUUCCAAGUAGUUCCUUUGUUACCAAUCCUGUGCCAGAAGUCAAGAAAGAACCAGAACCUGAGGAGGAAGAAGAUGAGGAUGAAGGUCUUACACCAGUUAUAGUAGAGAAUGAAAGCUAUGUCAACCUCAAGAAAAAGAUUUCCAAGAAAUAUGAUUGGCAGGCUAAGUCUGUAUAUGCUGAAAAUGCUAAAAUUUGCAAGCAGAUUCAAAUAAAAAAGGCUUCCAGACAAUACCAGUCAAUUCUGCAAGAGAGACGAUCACUCCCUGCUUGGGAAGAAAGAGAAACCAUUCUUGAUUUGCUGAGCAAGCACCAAGUGCUUGUUGUGAGUGGUAUGACUGGGUGUGGGAAAACUACACAGAUACCUCAGUUUAUUCUUGAUGAUACUCUGAAUGGACCUCCUGAGAAGGUAGCAAAUAUCAUCUGUACCCAACCUCGACGGAUCUCUGCUAUUUCUGUAGCUGAACGUGUGGUUAAAGAGAGAGCAGAAAGGAUUGGUCUUACUGUGGGAUACCAGAUCCGCUUAGAGAGUGUCAAGCUCCGCUCCCCUCCAGCUAUGUGCCAUGCUAUGACCUCUGUUCCCCUCCAGCCUAACUCUUCUCCAAGCCCACCACAGGAAUCACCUUCACCAGACUCAGCUGGCUGCCAUCCCUGCCUCCCUCUCAUGCAGCAUUCUUCAGCGACCAGAUUGUUAUACUGCACUGCAGGAGUGCUGCUAAGAAAGCUGGAAGGAGAUGCAACUCUCCAGGGAGUCACUCAUGUCAUUGUGGAUGAAGUUCAUGAGAGAACAGAAGAAGGUGAUUUCUUGCUGCUAGUCUUGAAGAACCUGCUGUCUAAGAAUCCAGAUCUUCGUGUUGUUCUGAUGAGUGCCACUGUAAAUGCUGAGCUUUUCUCAGAAUACUUUAAUUCAUGCCCAGUUAUUAAUAUACCAGGCCGGACAUUUCCUGUUGAUCAAUUUUUUCUGGAAGAUGCAAUUGCUAUGACUAAGUAUGUGAUUGAAGAUGGCAGCCCAUAUAUGCGUUCCACAAAGCUAAGUUCAGAGGAAAGAAAAGCCAGACGCAACAGAACUGCAUUUGAAGAAGUAGAAGAGGACCUGCGGCGCUCCCUACAAUUCUCUGAGGAUUUUGUCAGUGAUUCAGUGCCAGAUCAACAGCUCAAUUUUAAGCAGCUCACAACCCGCUAUCAAGGGUUUAGUAAAUCUGUAAUCAAAACAAUGUCACUCAUGGAUCUAGACAAAAUUAACCUUGAAUUAAUAGAAGCCUUACUAGACUGGAUUAUGGAUGGAAAGCACUCAUACCCACCAGGUGCUGUAUUAGUAUUUUUACCAGGACUAGCAGAAAUUAAAAUGCUUUAUGAACGGCUACAGUGUAAUGCCACCUUCAACAACAGACGAGGAAACCGGUGUAUCAUUCUUCCACUUCACUCAUCUUUGACCAGUGAAGAACAGCAAGCUAUAUUUGUUAAACCUCCUGAAGGAGUCACCAAGAUCAUUAUCUCCACCAACAUUGCAGAGACAUCUAUUACCAUCAAUGAUGUUGUAUACGUAAUUGACUCUGGGAAAAUGAAAGAAAAGAGGUAUGAUGCAAGCAAAGGCAUGGAAAGUCUAGAGGAUACCUUUGUGUCUCGAGCUAAUGCUCUGCAAAGAAAAGGCCGAGCAGGGCGUGUUGCCUCUGGAGUCUGCUUUCAUUUAUUCAGUAGUCAUCACUACAAUAAUCAGCUUUUAAAACAACAUCUGCCAGAAAUACAAAGGGUGCCAUUGGAACAACUGUGUCUCAGAAUUAAAAUUUUGGAGAUGUUUAGUGAUCACAGCCUUCAGUCUGUGUUCUCUCAGCUUAUUGAGCCACCUCGAAUUGAAUCUCUCCGGACCGCAAAAGUUCGACUUCAAGACUUAGGGGCUUUAACUUCAGAUGAAAAGUUGACCCCCUUGGGUUAUCAUUUGGCUUCUUUACCAGUGGAUGUGAGAAUUGGCAAGUUCAUGCUAUUUGGUGCCAUCUUCCGUUGCCUGGAUCCUGCCUUAACAAUUGCAGCUAGUUUGGCCUUUAAGUCCCCUUUUGUAUCUCCCUGGGACAAAAGGGAAGAAGCAAAUCAGAAAAAGUUGGAGUUUGCAUUAGCAAACAGUGAUUAUCUGGCCCUUCUUCAGGCAUACAAGGGUUGGAGGCUAUGCAUCAAAGAAGGUGCCCGUGCAAGUUACAAUUACUGCCGAGAGAAUUUUCUGUCAGGAAGAGUUCUCCAGGACAUCGCCAGCCUCAAACGGCAGUUCACAGAAUUGUUAUCAGAUAUAGGGUUUGUGAAGGAAGGAUUGAGAGCAAGAGAUAUUGAGAAGAGAUGGUCCCAGGGUGGAGAUGGCAUAUUGGAAGCCACAGGCGAGGAGGCAAACUCAAAUGCUGAGAAUACUAAGCUGAUAUCAGCAAUAUUAUGUGCUGCUCUAUAUCCAAAUGUAGUUCAGGUGAAAACUCCAGAAGGAAAAUUUCAAAAGACCAGUACAGGAGCUGUUAAAAUGCAACCCAAAGUGGAAGAGUUGAAAUUUGUCACUAAGAAUGAUGAUUAUGUUCAUAUCCACCCUUCUUCAGUGAACUAUCAGACUAGACACUUUGAGAGUCCCUACCUUGUGUACCAUGAGAAGAUCAAGACGAGUCGGGUGUUCAUCCGAGAUUGCAGCAUGGUGUCUGUGUAUCCACUGCUUCUGUUUGGUGGAGGCCAGGUGAAUGUGAAACUUAAAAAAGGAGAGUUUAUUGUCUCCCUGGAUGACGGCUGGAUUCGUUUUGCAGCUUCCUCCCAUCAGGUGGCAGAAUUGGUUAAGGAACUUCGUUGUGAACUCGAUCAGCUCCUCCAAGAUAAAAUCAAGAACCCCAGCAUGGAUCUCUGCACUUGCCCAAGAGGAUCACGGAUUAUCAGCAUGAUUGUAAAGCUUGUCACUACCCAGUAAUAGAUAGCCUUGGUCGUGGAUACUUUCCUCUCACAUAUUUAUAAUUCUCUUGGGAAAAAUCAGUAUGUAUACCUUUGGAAUUGUUUGAUGGUGGUAUUAGCUGUGGUAAUGGCAUCCAUUGUUUACAAGUACUGAAUCAGCAAAUGUACCUUUCUGGAAAGUUUCCAGGAUGUCCUUCAGACAAAAGUAGGGCCAAUCCCAGUAUAACUUGGGAGGGGUGUGACUAUGAUGAGAUGCCCUAAAACCAAAAUUUUGCCUGUUUUCCUUUUUCUAUGACAGCUUCAAGUGAAUAGGAUUCACCUGAUAACACAAACCCAAUUUUAAUAUAUUCUUGCUUUUCAUCUGUUAAUCCUUCUGAUUGCCUUUUUACUUGGUGUGGAAUGGGCCCUCACGAAAAUACAUAGUGCUUGUUUUCGAUGCAAAGAUCCUGUUGACAGAUUAGCUAUAGAAUAAAGAACAGAGUAAAAAUCAUGUGAUCAGGAAAUAUAGAAAACCUAUUUUGAGCCACUUAGAAUGAUGGUUACUUAUGAAGUGGUUUUUUGCUCAUUAAAGGUUAGUUUAAGAAACAGUACUGAGAAUGAAUUGUAUGCUGAAACAUGCAUAAGCUGGUCUAGUCAUUUAGCAGUCUCACUAUUCUUAGAAACUAGACAAGAUAUGACUGCCUUCUGUUUUGUGGCUGUUCCCCAAAAAUCUGCCUUCAUCUCUCCAUUUAGAAAUAUUUUUGGUUUUUAGAAAAUUAUUUUAAAUUCAGCUUUAUCUGAUAAAAUUCCAUUUCCAUAUGUGAAAUGUAAUUGACAAUAAUCAAUGAGGCAGAAUUGACAUAUUUUAAAUAGAAAAAGUUGUUUGUAUUCUCACAUAUGAGCAGUCAAGCAUUUUCUGUCUGUAAAUUUAUCCAUUGUUAAACCAUUGCUUAUCUUAAUGAUGUGUUAACAUUUGGAAAAGUAGAGAGACAUGCCUCCCAGCCCAUUUAUCAGAAGAGUGGCCUUAAAGAUCCAGAUAGCUAAAUGGAAGAAACAUUUAAUAUUUAACAUUUUGCUAUGCAUUAGCUAGUAAAGCAUUGUCAUCCUUUCAAACUUUAUACAAGUCCUCUGAAACUUAUCAGCUAGGCAUGUCAAUGACGAUAGAUCAUUAUCAUGGUGUCAUUUUUUUUACUUACCUUUAUAGGAAACUUUCCACAUUAUCCACAGUGAUCAGUACCAAUAUGUUUAUAAUUACAUUUUAUCAAAGUGUUUAAACUUUAGUCAACAUGUAAAAAGAACAAGUAGUUCCAAGCAAUUAGUUUAAAUAAAAACAAAGAUAUUUCUAUAUCUAGUAAUAGAGCACCUAAAUCAUAAUUUGUGCUUCCUCUUGAACGAAGUAUCAAAAUACCGAAACUGCUAAGUUGACACAUUUACGAGAAAUGACAUGGGGAAUUGAACUACUCCUUUAGACAGAUGGCACAAGGAAGCUGGCACUGCCAUCGUUAACAAUGUAUGGAUGUGGCCCAUCUGUCCUUGGGACUGUUAUAAUACCUAUCACAAAUAUUUAGUAGAUAGAUGACAAGUAUUGCUAUAUGACCUAAGAAUUUUUAUUAAAUUGUGCUACCUUUUAUAAGCAUGAAUUUUCUUAAGGUUAAACAUUAUAAUCAUGAUAUAAGAAAUAUAUAGGAACACUUUUACAAAUGAAUACUAGAAUAUUAUGUUCUAUUUCAAGCUGUAAAUUUGAUUUUUUUAAACACCAACAAGAUAGGUUGUUGGUAUGUAGUAUGCUUUUAAGGAGCACUUGGUAAAUGGUUUAUUAAAAUCAUAUAUUUUAUUGGAAUCUAGCUAAAAAUAAUAAAGUGUUUGUCAUUAAUUAGUAUGCCCUGAUAUUUGUGCCAUGCACAUUAUACAGAUGACUCAUGGAAAAGUUUCAAUGGGGCUGAAAACUCUUAUGGAUAUGGUUAUGGAACAUGGAGUGUCAAUAAUAUGGUAUCUUCAUCUUUCUGCUCCUAUUCAUAUUUGAUUGGAGGCAAAAGAAAAAGCAAGGAAGGGAUGGGAUUACUACUCUUUUGCUUUUUGUUUUUUUCCCUCAAGGAAAUGAUCUUCAAGUGGGAAGUAUUAAAAAAGGAUCAACAAUAAAUUAAAACCCUAAAUAAAUUGAGGAUGUGGGAAGAGAUUUCUGAGAUCAGAGAUCUCUAGAGAGUACACCAAGUUCCCAAAAAGGCUUUCCAAGAGAAGAUUACUUUGACUAUUAUUUGGGACAAACCAUUGGAACUUCCUUUUUAACACGGGAAAAAGUUGAAACAUAUGUCAUUGAAGAUGCCUACAGUUUGGUACAGUUGUACAUUUUGUAAUUUGUAAUUUUCAUAUGGAAUAAAGCCAGUGUUACCUAA